ACAAUAUUAACUUAGCGAAAAAAAGCCUUUUAAAAAAAAUAGAAUGAAAAUCACUAUAUAAUAAAACAAUUAAUAUGUCUAAUCUACCAGGUUGGAGAAUCGAACAAAAAUAUAAUAAAAGAUGUUUAAUUGGAAAUUGGAACGAAGAUAGACGAAAAUUUCAUAGAUCCGAAAAGCCAUUUGAACUGAGUACACAUCAAGCUGAUUUCAAAAAAUAUUCUAACUUUUUACCAGAGAAUAAAGCAAGACAAAUUGCUUCAAUUCGAAAUGAUGGACUACCAAAAGAAUUAAUCUUUUCUCACCGUGGAAAUAGCUAUUCUAAUAAUAUGAUUUCUUGGUAUGAUCAAUGUAUAAAUAAUCGAGAAGAGCAUGAAUCCAAAUUACCUAAACUUCGAUCUUGGGAUGGAAAAACCUGCUCUUGGGAGCCUGAAAAAAGUGAUAGACCUUUACAAGGACGAGCGACAAACUUUGGACUUCUUGACAACAUGAAAGCAAAGUGGAAAAAAGACAUUACAAAUCAAAAUAGUGCUAGUUCUACCUACAAAAGUGCAUUCCGUUCCUAUUCAAAUAAUGAAAUGAAUUUUAAACGUUAUGCUACAAAAAAGUGUUUAUCAAGCCAUUUUCCAAGUGACAAGGUCAACAAAAAUUUAUUUUUUCGUAAUCAACACAGGAAUAUGUUAGCAGAAUAUUUUCAGAAUCCUGAACUUGCGACGAAGUAAAUUGUAUGGUUAUUUUAUUUUAUAUAUUGUAUAAUACUUUUAUAUAAUUUAUUAAUUAAAGAGAAUGAUUUUAA